AUGCCAUACUUGCUGCUCUGCGUUGUGUCCCUUGCCCUAACACAUUUUGUCAGAGCGGAUGAAUGCAAGGACAUUAGUGUGAAAAACGAGAUUAUUUCAGUAGACCAGCCUUUUGCUUUUAAUUGCACACAUCCUCCACAAACAUCUGGGGAAGUAAAUAUAACAUGGUAUAAAAAUUCUAGCAAAAUCCCAAUAUCCAAAAACGUAUGGUCUAGGAUUCACCAGGAUGAGAGCUGGAUUUUGUUUCUUCCCCUGACGUGGAGGGAUGCAGCAAUCUAUCAAUGUGUUAUAAAGAAUAUAAACAGCUGUUACAGAAUACAUGUAAACCUAACUGUUUUUAGAAAAUAUUGGUGUGGUAUUUCCAGAAAUGCUCUAUGGAAUUUAUCAGACGAGUAUAUACAGACACUACAUUUUGGAAAAGCUGACAGUCUUACAUGUCAUUUGAACUUCCCGAAGAGUUGUGUUUUGGAUUUAAUAAAGUGGUAUAAGGACUGUAAAGAGAUUGAAGAAAAGCGGUUUAAUCCUGAAGGAGUGAAGCUUUUUGUGAACAACGUCUCAGCAGAGGACAGAGGGAAAUAUGCAUGUCAAGCAAGACUGACACACAUGGGGAAAGAGUACAUAGUUUUAAAUAGCAUUAGUGUAGAUAUCACUGAAAAAGUUGAAUAUGGAGACAGAGUCCCUAAAAUUACUUAUCCAAGAAACAAUUCAAUUGAAGUAAAACUUGGCUCCACCCUUAUUGUGGACUGCAAUAUCACAGACUUAAGAGAGAACACAAAUUUACGAUGCUGGAAAGUUAAUAACACUCAGGUGAAUGAUUACUAUCGUGAAUCCAAACGAAUCAGAGAAGGAUAUGAAUCAGAGGUGUCUUUUGAGCAAUAUAACAAGUACACAGUAAACAUAACCUUCCUCGAAGUGAAAAUGGAAGAUUAUGGACGCCCUUUUGUGUGUCAUGCUGGAGUAUCUGCAGCAUACAUUGUGUUAAAACUCCCAGCUCCAGAUUCCAGAGCUUACUUGAUAGGAGGGUUCAUCGCACUGACAGGUGUGGCUGUGUCUGUCAUGUGCAUCUACAACAAUUUUAAGAUUGACAUUGUGCUUUGGUAUCGAAGUGCCUUCCAUUCCACUCAGCCAAUAGAUGAUGGGAAGUUGUAUGAUGCGUAUGUCUUAUAUCCCAAGCCUCAAAGUGGAUUCCAGAGCCAUAAUGUGAACAUACUGGUAUUGAAGAUCCUGCCAGAGGUGUUGGAGAGGCAGUGUGGAUAUAAGUUAUUUAUAUUCGGGAGGGAUGAAGUUCCAGGACAAGCUAUAGCCAGUGUCAUUGAUGAGAACAGUAAGCUGUGCAGGAGACUGAUCAUCAUAAUAGUCCCUGAAUUUCUGAGGAUCGGCCUACUGAAAAACAUAGCAGAAGAGCAAAUCAUAGUCUACAAUGCCCUCAUCCAGGAAGGAAUGAAGGUCAUUCUGAUUGAACUGGAGAAAAUCAAGGACUACACAGACAUGCCAGAAUCAAUUAAGUAUAUUAGACAGAAGCAUGGGGCCAUCCAGUGGAGUGGGGACUUCACAGAAGAAUCCCAAUCUGCAAAGACCAAGUUUUGGAAAAAAGUGCGAUAUCACAUGCCACCCACAAGGUAUCCCCCACUUUCUCCAAUCCAGCUGCUGAAGCACAUAUCUUGCAACUGA